UGGUUGGCGGGCCCACAGCCGGGCACUCAGUUCUUAAUUUCCUGGCUAACUAGCUAGUAGCUAACUGGUUGUCCCAGGCGUCGUAGUGGUCCAAGGGUCAUUUCCAGUGGUCAUUUCUGUCUCGCCCUCACACGUGCGUGCGUGCAUGCUCGCUCUUUUCCAUGGAGCCCUGGUUGAGCUGAGACAAAUCCAGCUUCUGAUUCGAGACGAGACCGAAAUGAGUUCUCUUCUGAUCCCCCCGGGACAGAAGUCAGACCUCGACCCACCAUUGGCCCCCGACACCACACGUCCGGCCAUGGAUCCGGUCACUUUGGCUGCCCUGGUUAUUAUCGUUGCCCUUGCCACUUUCAUUUGUACGGUUAUGGGGAAAGUAUGCUUCGAUCGUGUGUUGGCCGUUCGCAAUCAGAAUUUUUGUGCCAUGGCCUCCAGUGGCCACGUGCCUUCUUGUCGAAAUUGUCACACGCCCGUGUACCUGAAUCCGCCCUCCUCGGCCUCUCACCCUCGCUCGCGAUCGAUUCACCGCAUUGAACAUGAGGAGGAUACGCCUUCAAUGCACGGUCCCAGUCUACCCGCAUUGCUGCUGCCUAAAAUGCUGUCAAAUGCUACGGCUGAUUCGACCACGUUCCAACGAUUGGGAAUAGCAUCGGGCGAUGGCAAGGGCACCGUUCUGGGGUUACCCGACUUUGCCGAGAGACUGGAGAAUCAACACUUGAGUCCCAUGCCCAACACGCCUCCGGUUUUCCGUCAUAACUCGGAUGAAAAAGGCCACACCAAUAGUGACUCGUUCAUUCACCCGGUUUGGUCUCCCUCGGGUGGACCGCGUUUUUCUGAGGCCACUCAUGGGCCAGAUUCGGAGAGUACUUCUGUGUCAGCAUCGCAACUCAAGCCACCCAUGGGCUUAAGCGAUUCUAAUGCUAGCCAACAACGGGUCAAAUACAUCUCUCCCAAUGACGAACGUAUGCUGAUCACACCCCAAAACGCACGGGAGAGUCGGCAGGAAACUACUUGUCGAAUGGUCGAUUCUCGUUCUCUAGACGAGUCUUUCAUACUGCGCAUCCCCGGCAAGAGCCUGGCUCAACAGGUGCCAUCGGGCGUGAAAUAUCUGGCCCAAUUUAAGGCUCCUCGAGGGUCGCCCGGCAACACGGGCCCCGUACCUCCCCGCUCGGUGGUUAAGGGCUCCCAUGGCCAACCACAAGCCCUAACCCCGACCACUCUGGACUCAGAUCAUCACUACGAAAUCCCCUCUUCUUUGAUAGAUCCACCCACGACGUCCCAAAAUUCGCCCCCAACCGAAACGAUCACGGAAAUGAUGCAUUGCCAGUUUUGUGGCUGGACGCGGCCAUUCUCUGUCCCAGGGAGAUCACGCUCACUGUCCGACUUGCCGGACGAAAAUGCCGUAAUCGAGGUGCCCGUGUUGCUCGAUGGUACGAAAAAUGGUCUCAAAGUUCGUCCGGAUACCAUGAAUGGCUCGGAGACGUCAGAAGUCUUAGACAAAAUGUUUGCCACGCCUUGGUUCAAACCCCGACGCGUGAUCAAAACACGAUAUACCCACUUGUAUGACGGGCAAGCCCGAGUGGCUAGCCCUAAAGAAAUGACACCCCAGUUCAGCACUAACCAGGACAAGGAACUUCCGGACGAAGUAUUUUCAAAACCACCUAAGCCUUUGUGACUUAGUACUCUCUCUCUCUUAUAUGUCGGUAUUUUUCCAAUAAAACUCUGUAGUCCGCCCCUC